AUGGAAUUCCUUCACCCACCUUCUCAUGACUUUACGAUAGACUCAUCCUCCGGAUUCUCUGAACUAAUGGAUACGAGCAAUCGGAUCUCUCACGGCACCGGAACCACCGCCGAUCAUUUCUCUCACGACGAUUCUCGUCUAGACGCUCAAUCGUCGGUUUACUCUACCGAUCCUUUCAAACCCUCGAAAUCAUUCCAAAACUCUUUAGAUUUAUCGUCAUCAAGUCAUCCCACCAUGACUUCCUUUAUGGAUCACGACAUUCAGUCGCAGUUGCGAGACCGGCUCGGCAGUUCUGGCGCAGUAAUCCCUCCCUCAGAUACCGAGCCGACCUUCCCUUUCUCCUGGGACGCCUAUUUGAACGACACAUUCCCUGAUGCUUCUCGCUCUCUUCGCCUCGGCAAAGAUGUCCUUCGCCAGACCGAGACAAAUUGUGACGAUGACUGUAGAUCAAUGGUGUCAUGCACAUCCGCCUGCGGUAUAAGUUGCCCAAGCCAAUGUGGUGAUACCGGCCAAGGAAUGUGUUGCGAUGAUGAUACAUGCGACGAUAAAGAGUUGUGCCUCGACGAAAUGUGCGAGGAUGCCGCUACCCCCUGCACGGAUGCCAAUUGCUCGGGCCUCGCCAGACUUGAGCAGCUUCCCCUCGGGCCUGGCUUCUCAGACGGCGACAAGCAAGCUGCAGCAGCCCUUGCGUCCAUCGGAGAUACCUCUUUGGAAUUUAUACCCAACACCUUUCAGCAGUUUCAUUCAGAUGCACACUUUGGACCCCACUCUUGUUUUCAUGGGUCGACAUGCAACCACUCCUUUCCGCAAGGGUUCUUGUCAACGACUGCCGAUAAUGGCACGUUCAGCAAUUUUUGGGAAUACCUGGCUCAAGAAAACCCGCUCGCAACUCACAUUCUUCAAUACCAUGAUCCUCGACAUAGCGUGGACCAUGUUCGCCCAUGUAUUGCUGAUGGCCCCAAUCUAACCAUUCCGAAAUGCACUCUGCCCAAAACUGUCAGCGGAGAUGCCUUGAGCCAUGGGCUAGGAAGCAAUCUGGGAGAUUUCACGUGUGGCUUUGAGGUCAACACACUUGACCAAUUUGCUAGCCACAUAUUCGAAGAUCAUUGGCCCAUGAACAUGCCAAUCCCCGAACUUGGCAGCCUGUCGCAAUCUUCGCAAGCUGAAGACCAUUUCUCUUUAUUUCCUGUCCGUACGAGCAUCCCACCAUCUUACUCUUUAAACGCAACUUCCUCGCAUGACACACACUUUUCUCCAUUAGACUCGCCUCUACAGAACCCAUCCGUGGUUUCGUCGCUUUCGCCCUUUCCUACACCGCAGACAACGACUCCUCCUACACAGGCCGACGAGUCAUCGAUUGAGUCAUCCGCGGAGUCAAUAUCAACUCAGCUCACCCCGGUUUCAUCGGUGGAGGUAGAGACCGUCGUGGACUAUACUUGUCAAUGGAGAUCGCCGGACGGCAAAGUCUGCCUGAUGCAAUUCAAAGAUGCCGACGAACUGCAUAAUCACACAAAGAAUGAUCAUCUGAAGGGAAUGUCACGGCAGCCCCCCGGAUUUCGCUGUCAUUGGGAAGGUUGUACAAGGACGACUGUGUUUGGCCAAAAGAGCAAAUUAGAACGCCACAUCCAAACUCACACAGGAUGUAAGUGA